GGCGAGUGGUGGUGGUGGUGGGCCGCGGCGUCUUCCCGCGAAGCGAGGCCACACCACAACCACAACAACCACAACCAACACCACAACCACCACAACAACCACAACCAACAUCACAACCACCACCACCACCCUCUCAUCCAUCUCUCGCGAAGACGACCAAAUCCUCCGGAUCACCGUUUGCUCCCGGGCAGUCCUCUGCACGCCCCGCGCACCCACCCAGUCGUCUCUAAAACUCAACGUCGCGCGAUCCUCUCCUCCACGCGCGUGAACACAUCGCCCUGCGCCGCUCGUCACCUCCGAUCGCGUCAUCCACCGCCGGCAGCAGCGGGCGAGCGACCCCCCCCCAACGCGCCAUGGACAGCGACAGGGAACGCGCGGCCGAGGAUCGGGGAGGCAGCCCCGGCGAGCGGGGGAGCCCUGACAGGGACCGCGACGAGAGGAUCAAGACCGAGCCCGAGGAUGAAUGGACGGAGGCGCCGCUGAUAGAGGAGUCUCGCGGCGGCGGCGGCGAUGACGAUAGCAUGGCCGCGCUCGACGGAGUGUCGACGUCGCCUGGGACUGGCGAGGGUCCCGCCGGGGACGGCGGCCGCGGCACGCCGGGUCCCGGUGACGGGGCCGGCGCCGCUGCUUCACAGGCGCAGGCCAGCACCAGCUGGUCCGGCCUCGUCGACUACCUCAUCAAAUCAGAGCUGCAGAAGUGGCAUGGAUCGCCGUCGAGCUCGCCGGGGCUGUGCGUGCCCUCCGGCCCGAGUCCGUCUUCCCGUCACUUCUCCCCCUCGCUGGGCGGCGGAGGCGGCGGUGGAGGCGGCGGUAGCGGUGGGCACCGCGGCGCGGGUACCGGCACGCUGCUGCUGUGUGAGGUGUGCGGAGACCUGGCGUCGGGCAUCCACUACGGAGUGUACGCCUGCGAGGGAUGCAAGGGGUUUUUCCGGCGCACGGUGAGCACUCAAGUGCAGUACGAGACGUGUCAGAUGAACUGCGUCAUCCAGAAGAGCAACCGCAACCGCUGCCAGUUCUGCCGCUUCCAGAAGUGCCUCUCCGUCGGCAUGUCCCGCGACUCUUCUCGCCGGGGUCGGACCCCCCAAGCGGCCAAGGUGCGUCCGCUAACGCGGCCUUCGAGCAGGAGCCCCCACCGGCCCCUCGCUGGACAGGCCCUGGGAGAGGAGAUCACAGAGUUCGGGACCUAUGAGACCAAACCCUUGCCGCUGUUGACGGCACGUUCGACGCUGGCCGACAUGCUCACCUCGUCCACGCUCUCCACCUCGUCGGGAGGAAACCGCACAGCCGCCUCCUCGUCGCCGGCACCCAUGUGGGAUGGGCCCCGUUCCGCCUCCCCCGUGUGCCUCGACCUGCGGCAGCACCUCCCGGCGCCGCGCCGCUCUCCUCCGCGCCCGUGGGACGGCCGCUCGUGCGGCCCAGCCGCCGACGCCCCGUCGCGCUGCCGCGCCUUCGACCUGCACCCGCACCGCGACCUGCACGACGCCUACGACGGCCUGGAGCCGGCGGACGAGGACGGCGGCGACGACGACCUCGACGUCGGGGGGGUCGGCGUUGGCGGGGUCGGCGCUCGCGAGGAAGCGGACGCCUGCGGCAGGGCCGGCCCCGGUGGGCUGCGCGCGGCGGAGGCCCUGCGCGUGCUGGCGCGGCACACGCAGGAGGUGUGGCCCGUGGCACGAGGGUCCGCGCCGGCAGAGGCUCGCGCACGCCCGCCCGGCGCCGCUCAGCACGCGCCCAACGCUCGCGACGAGCUGCGGCGCGCGGCCCGCGAUCUGCAGCGCUUCGCGAGCCAGCAGGACGUGCUGCUCAAGGGCGCGCUCUACGACUGCAGCCAGGGCCAGCCGGCCGACGCGGCCCGCCUGGUGCACGAGGCCCGGGACCUCCUGCGCUGCGUCCGCGAGGGCCUGCGUGCGCGCCUCGACGCGGUCGCCGACGGCCUGGACGCAGCGACGGCCGGGCCGCAUGGCGGAGCGGAGGGGGCGGCGGAGGGGUCCGCGCCGGCCUGCGCCAGCCCCGCGUCGCCCGAGUGGAGGCUCUCUUCCGAGCUGGGCGCGGCCGAGAGGGGGCGCAUGCUCUAGGGGUGCCGGGCGCGCGCCGUUCGUCUCGAGCGAUCGGAUAAAUAGCCGGUGGUGGCCCGGCGGCAGCAAAGAGUCGACGUUUGUCAAAGGGAUCGAGCCGAUGUUAAGUGACUGAUACGACAAGCAAAAAAUAAAAAUUAUAGGAUUAUUUUUUUCCUGCCAACGUGAAAGUUGUUGACGUACCUGGCUGCCGCAUCCAGAAGAGGCUGAAGCACGUGUUUUUUUUGUUAAAUCGCGGCACUUGGCAUCAACGAUGUUUGUGUCGACGUUUGUUCGAUGUUGCGAGUGACCCCGCGAAUUAUCUGCCGCUGACGUGUUUGCUCCCCCAUUCCCCCCCACCCCCCACCUCGCUGAUUUGAUGGUCGUGGCUUCGCAGUGCUUUGCGCCGCGAUGGCCGGUACGCAGGGUGCUAAGCGAUGUGGGGAUGAAAGAUAUCCUUGGCUCUCGGUUUUUUUUUAUAUCCCUGGGACUGCAGUUGUCUUCCCCGGGAAGGAUAAAUGUAUCCUUCGCUGUAUAAAAGAUGUUGCGUAAAAGGGUAAAAAAACAAUUAUCAUGUUGCGUAAGAAUUGUUAUAAUUAUUUUUAUUCCUCCGACCUCGGCAUCUCUGGUACCCCCACCCCUCUCUUGGCUCAAGUCUCACCUUCUCACGCAUCUCCGUAUCCUCUCCCUCCCCCUUUCACUGUCGGUGUUUCGCAGGGGUCGGUUCAGGGCCCCUUACCAUUCCUUCUGUGUAUUUCGCCCCUUGAAUCUAUUAUCUCCUCUUUCUGCUUUCCUCGCCAAAUUAUUUGCUGAUGACACCCAAAUCUUCUCCUUUCCCUCUUGUAUCCCUGACCUUUCCUCUCGUAUCUCCAACCUCUUGCCUACCUAUAUGAACUGCAAUUUAAUAGAAAGUUUUUUCAGGAAACAAUCCUACCUGCUAUAAAAGGCAGGAGAUGCGUACAUCCCGGCAGCGUCCCAACGUACAGUAUCGUACCUCGUACGCUGCUGCGUUUGCCUGCCGCGCGAAAUUUUUAAUAUUUUACAAUUUUGUCGUAUCGCCAUCGUAAGAUCUAAAUAUCGUAAGUUGGACCAUUGUAACUCGGGGACUAUCUGUAGUUAGGAAACACAAAUAUGAUCCGAUCAUGAGUUUGAUACACGAUGAGCUGCACUGGCUACCUAUGAAAUGCAGGAUUGCGUAUAAAUUAUGCCUACUCGUUUUUAAGAGUCUCCAAUUUGCUCCAUCCUCUCUCGCCGAUCAGUGCGUAUCAGCUUCAACGGACCCAAAUCCACUCCGACUACAAUCCGCGGCUCGCGGCGACCUGCUGCUGUACCCCACCGCGCGAUGCGGCCGGCGCAGUGUCCCCGGCCCAGCGACGCUGAAACACGCUGCAGCUCACGCUCGGGAUCCAUCCCCGAGUCUGAGCCAGUUCUGCAAGAGACUCAAAACGGUGUUGCUGCUGUUGUUUCAGAGGCGACUUCAAUGUGUGAUCAGUAUGUGAUCGAUGCGCACUCGUGAUGGACUGAACUCAUAAGAGUGCGCGCUAACAAAUGUUCUUACUGAAAAUCUUUCCAUGGCCGUGCCCCACCUCAUCUCUUCUCUCUCAUCUUUUUCCAUGUCCCCCCCCUCUUCAUUCCCAAUUCUCUUUCCGUCUCUCUCUGUCCCUCCUCCCCGUGCCCAAUCCCGUGUUCGGCCCUUCUCCCUCCCUGUACCCUUCCCACUCGCAUCAACUCCCCCUGGUACAUUGAGCAGCAACCCCCCCCUAUAGACUCAACACUACUCACAGACUCAACACUGCACAUAGACUCAACACUGCACCAUAGACUCAACAUUGCCCAUAGACUCAACACUGCACAUAGACUCAACACUGCACCAUAGACUCAACACUGCCCAUAGACUCAACACUGCCCAUGGACACUUCCCAUCGACUCAACACUGCCCAUAGACUCAACACUGCCCAUAGACUCAACACUGCACCAUAGACUCAACACUGCACCAUAGACUCAACACUGCCCAUAGACUCAACACUGCACCAUAGACUCAACACUGCACCAUAGACUCAACACUUUCCCUGCAUAUGAAGCAGUCCACCUCCUUAACUUCCUUCUAUUCCUCUCUUAAAGCGUCACCUCUUCUCUAUUUCCCAUUCCCUCCCCUCGCCCCUCCACUCCUGCCCGUUCCUCCCCUGGCCUUUCAUGAUCCCUAAGUGCCCCUAUAUCGCUGCUACUCAUUCCUCAACCCUUGCACCUUGCCCGCCCCUGCCAUUGAAAUCCUCCUAUUCCGUCGCCGUUUUUGAAAACCAUGUCAAGCGCCUUGAGUGAAGGCGUUCUAUAAAUAUAGAUGAGACGAAUAUUAUAAAUAAAUAAAUAAAUACUGAUGACAUUAGAUGAUCCAGGAAAGCCA